UCCUCACCAAAAAACUAACAAUCAAAAACAGAAAGAGAUCUCAAAAUCAAAAGGGACCUUCAUCUGAAUCUCCCUAAAUAUCCAUUUUCACGAGUCGGGUAUUCGGAGCUGGUUUUCCGGGCUCGGAUUCUUCUUCUUCUUCUUCUUCUUCUUGCUCUUUUCAACUUCUAGGGUUUCGAAUUCGACGAUGGCGAUGCCGACGGGGCGGAGCAGGGUGAUCGGAGACUACUUCGUCGGGAAGCAAAUCGGCGCAGGGUCGUUCUCGGUGGUGUGGCACGGUAGGCACAAGGUGCACGGAACCGAAGUAGCGAUAAAGGAGAUCGCCACGCUUCGCCUCAACAAGAAGUUGCAGGAGAGUCUCAUGUCUGAGAUUUUCAUCUUGAAGCGGAUUAACCAUCCUAAUAUCAUCCAUUUGCACGAUAUCAUUGAGGCUCCUGGAAAGAUACAUCUUGUGUUAGAAUACUGUAGAGGGGGAGAUCUCUCUUUGUACAUUCAACGCCAUGGAAGGGUACCGGAGGCUACUGCAAAGCAUUUUAUGCAGCAGCUGGCUACUGGCCUUCAAGUUCUUCGGGACAAUAACUUAAUUCAUAGAGAUCUGAAACCGCAGAAUCUUCUUCUCUCCAUAAAUGAUGAGAAGUCGGUGCUGAAGAUUGCUGACUUUGGAUUUGCAAGAUCUCUGCAACCUAGGGGCCUUGCAGAAACCUUGUGUGGAUCACCUCUUUACAUGGCUCCAGAAAUCAUGCAACUUCAGAAAUACGAUGCUAAGGCAGAUCUCUGGAGUGUUGGUGCAAUCUUAUUUCAGCUUGUUACAGGAAGAACACCUUUUACUGGAAACAAUCAAAUACAGUUACUACAGAACAUUAUGAAAUCAACAGAAUUGCAGUUUCUAUCUGAUAACCAAAGUCUGAGUUCUGACUGCAAAGAUUUGUGUCAGAAAUUGCUGCGCCGUAAUCCAGUGGAACGUCUAACUUUUGAAGAAUUCUUUAACCACCCAUUCCUUUCCCAUAAGCAACCAGAACAGGAUGAACCAUUGAGGAGUAGAAAUUCUUCAAGGCUAGUAGGUCGGUGUUGUUCAACAGUGUCUGACCCUUUAAGAACUGAGGAAAAUUAUCAAGAGGAUUGUUUACCUUUUAUUCUAGAUGAUGAUUCUAGUGGUCCUGAGGGGAGUCCAUCCUUUUCAAGGAAGAAGUCCUCAAUGAAGUCUACCUAUGGAUUUGAUCUAAAUACAAAAUUAGAUAAAACAGAGUCAGCAUCUCGUAUUGCUAAUAACAUUAAUUGUACUUCCCGAUAUGGUAGUGUAAUACAGCGACCUGAAAACACUACUAAAAGAUUGGAAAACCAUAGAAUUUCGGGAAGAAAUCUCAUUGAUCCUCUAGAAUCUCCAGAACAGAUAUUUACAAACCAUCCAAAAGUUAUGGAUUCACUAGAGAAUAUUGAUCAAGAUUAUGUUCUUGUGUCGGGGCCCCCUAUGGAUGUUUCAUCUUCUUCUGUGAGUGCUUCAAAGCCAAGCCAUUCCCCAUAUAGGUCAGGUAGUUUCCCCCAAGAGUCUUCUAAUACAAUCACUACAGUAAGUGCUCCAAUGCCAAUCGGUGGUGUACCUACCAAUAGCAUAUGCCAAAUUGGAAGUUCAGGAAGUCAGGACUCUGCUCCUGGGACUUCACAUGGAUCAAUGGAUACAGGUGAUGAACAACCAUCAGCUCACUGCAUGACAAGGGUAAAAUCAUUGCAACAGUGUGCGUCUACCAUCACGGAAUUAGUUAAUGAAAAGAUGGCAGCAGGGAAGCAGCUAGAAGCAUUUUCUAUUCAGCUUGUAAUUCUCGCAAUUUGUAAGCAAGCACUGCACAUAUGCCAUACACAGGCUGCUUCAGCCAUGGAAGGAAGUCCAAAUCUAGAAACUUCAAGAUAUAGGAGGAGCACCAGCAAGAAGCUAGGUAGUCUUGAUUCAGAAGAAUGCCUUGAUGGAAAAAUCCAAAGGCCAAAGGAUAUAUUAUCCCAAAUUGAAAGUGAAUUUUUGAGGGAAUUUGAGUAUGCUGAAGAACUUGCCAAGACCAUUGAGCCUGGAAAUACAGAGAUGCCAGAUGCAAUGGAGACAAUAUUUCAAUCUGCCCUUGCUUUUGGGAGACAUGGGGGUGUAGAAGAGCUCAUGGGUGACAUGGAAAGUGCAACUGCAUUAUAUUCAAAAGCUGUCCAUCUGUUACUUUUCCUUCUAGUGGAAGGACCAUCCUUGAUUCUGAAUCCUCCAUUUUCACUGACAAACUCAGACCGUUAUAGGCUUCGGGAUUACAUUGAUAGGCUUAAUAACAGGCAAGGUUUUUCAAGGUCACAGCGAAUGGCUCGUCUGAAAUGUGAUGAUAGUCAAGGUAUCCUUAAGGAAAAGUUUUAGCAAUGGUUCUUUGUCUCCCAUUUUACACGAUAAAAUUAUUUAUUUGUACAGUUAUUCUUUAAUGGAGGGGAAUUUGGGAUGCUGAUGGGAGUUAACCAGAAAAACAUAGGUUGUAAAAUUCAUUUCUGUGAUUAGAAUGAUGAUCCAAUGUGCAUUUGAUGUGUAUGUUUUGUGUGAUUUGUUUCAUGAAUUCUGGUACGAUGAGCAGAUAU